CACUCUCACCCUACAACUGCACACACUCAGAAGAUAGAACCAGAGGAGAAGCUGCAUCCAGAGAAGUAAAUAUUAUUUUUUAAAAGCAGUAUACACACAAAUAUAGAAGAAAGUCAAAGAUGCAGGUGUGUACAGUGUUGGAAAAACGUGGCGGAUGUGUGGUGGGAGCCGAGCUGAGCUGCAGCGUUAGAGAGCAGAACGUUUCCCAGAAAGAGAGCUACAGCGCUGAUUGGCACAGCAUCAACAUGAAAACGCAGCACGAGGACCGCCAGUCCAUGAUGAUGACGGAUGAUUCCCGGAGAGAGACACUUUCCCGUAAAUGGCGCGCCCGUCCCCUCUCCCAGCAAUGUCCUUCAGGUGUCCUGCGUGUCGGCACUGUAGAGUCUGGCAUCGGUGAGCACCAACUGCUACCUUACAGAAACACUCUUCCUCUACCCAUCUUCAAGCCGGCCGAGCUGGGUGUGAGGUUGGGCCGCGGUGCCCCUCACAGCCUGGAGGACAUGUCAAGUGCCCGUGCACCUGAUGGAGCAUGCCCAGCCAAGAGAGAUGUCCUGGAGAUCACACGAGACCUGCCGCCUGUCAAACCCCUCCGUAUGGAGUUUGCCAAGGAUCCCAGAACCCUUGGCAGAUCCAUGUCUCAGGAGGCACAGAGAGGGUGAAGAGAGAGAGAGAGAGAGACGGAGAAAAAGAGGGAUGAGCAAAUGAAUGGAUGGACUUGUAUAACCUGUGAAAGAGUGAUGAGGAAAAGGGACUGAUGUAGCAAAUGUAGCUAGACAAUGCAAGCAGUAGAAGUGUUUUACACUCUCUUGUCCUACUGCUGAUUUGAAGCAAAUGAGAAUGCGGGUGAUUUUGUAAAUAUUUACUUUUGUCUAGAUAUUUCAGUUAUUUUUCUAUUCAAACUUUAAAAAGCAGUAUUGCUGUGUUCUAGUCGUCUGAGAAUUCUAUGACAGUAUAACCGGAUAAGUCAUGAGAGAGAGAGAGAGAGAGAGAGAGAGAGAGAGAGAGAGAGAGAGAGAGAGAGAGAGAGAAGAGAAAGAAAGAGAGAUUCAGAUUUCCUGCAGUGACAAAGCUCAUGUCUGUUCAUAGUCUGGAAAAAGAAAGUUUGACUGGUGUUAAAAUUAAUAAAUACACAACAAAUUAACUACUGAAUCAUUAAUAAAUAGCCAGAGCUGAGAAUUUGAUUGUCUGUUUCUAAUACCUUUAUUUUAUGGUUUUGAAUAAAAUCACAUAAAACUCACAAGA